AUGCCUGCUACGCUAAAGAAUUCUUCAGCUUCAUUGAAACUAAACACCGGUGCUUCUAUUCCGGUUUUGGGAUUCGGGACUUGGCGUUCCGUUGAGAAUAACGGCUAUCAUUCGGUAAUCGCAGCUUUGAAAGCUGGCUAUAGGCACAUUGAUGCUGCUGCUAUCUACUUGAAUGAAGAAGAAGUUGGCAGGGCUAUCAAAGAUUCUGGAGUCCCUCGUGAAGAUAUUUUCAUCACCACCAAGCUUUGGGGUACUGAACAACGUGACCCAGAAGCUGCUCUAAAUGAGUCUUUGAAGAGACUUGGCCUGGACUAUGUUGAUCUCUAUUUGAUGCACUGGCCAGUGCCCCUGAAGACUGAGACGAUUACUGAUGGUAAUGUUUUGUGCAUUCCGACAUUAGACGAUGGCACUGUCGACGUUGAUACUAGAGAAUGGAACUUUAUCAAGACUUGGGAUCUUAUGCAAGAGUUGCCAAAGACAGGUAAGACGAAAGCUGUCGGUGUCUCUAACUUCUCCAUUAACAACAUCAAGGCACUAUUGGAGUCUCCAAGUAACAAAUUAGUGCCGGCUGCCAACCAAAUCGAAAUCCACCCAUUACUGCCACAAAAUGAAUUAAUCGCCUUUUGUAAAGAAAAAGGUAUCGUUGUUGAAGCUUACUCCCCAUUCGGAAGUGUCAAUGCCCCUUUAUUAGAGGAGCAAGCGAUUAUUGAUAUGGCUAAGAAGCACGGUGUUGCUCCAGCACAAUUAAUCAUUAGCUGGAGUAUCCAAAGAGGCUAUGUUGUUCUAGCCAAAUCAGUUAACCCUGAAAGAAUUGUUUCCAAUUUCAAGAUAUUUACCCUACCUGAGGAUGAUUUCAAGAUUAUCAGCAAUUUAUCUAAGGUUCACGGUGAAAAGAGAGUCGUUGACAUGAAAUGGAGCUCUUUCCCCAUUUUUAAAUGA